AUGCAGCCCGGCAGCAGGCCGUUGCGAGCCUCUUCGAGGCACUCACUUGUACCAAAAAACCAAGUUCGGAGAGAGAGAAUCACAUCGCUUGCCCUGGGUACCAAAGCUGAUGUGAUAGCCGCCCUGGAACGCCCGCCUAACUUGUCCUAUGAAGUAUCAUUUACUGUAACAAACACUUUCUUUCAAGAAGACUUUGACCUGCUAAACAAAACUUGCAGAACUAGGGAAGAGACCGUCAAUCAGAUUCUGUCUGUUUUCCGGUCAUCUGAGCUCAAGAUUACCUUCAUUGGCUUGACCUCUGGAGAGAUCCUCUAUUUCCAGCAUGACCUCACCGGUCCUCCAGAAAGGUCUGCCUCGGUGAAGAAAAUUUGCCAGCACAGUGGAGCGGUGCAUUGCUUGCAGGUUGUGCUUAAUCCACAUCAAGACAAUUUUAGAGUAACUCCCUUGUUAAGCUCUGGAAAGGAGAGUUGGGGGACCUCCGAUCCUUGGCUGCUCAGUGGAUCAGCAGACCGAACAGUUAAAGUUUGGCGCGUCUUUGAGAAACGCUUAGAAUGUGUCCAAACGUUGGGAGGGCAUGGUGGCACAGUUGUGACUUUCAGUCUUUGCAUCCCUUACCUUGUAUCGUCUUCAACUGACGGGGCACUCCUGGUUUGGAGCGUUGACGCUGCAUGGACAAAGGUUCCUACGUUUACCUUGGUACAGAAAGUCCAAAAUGGGUCUGCUUCUACAUCUACGACUAAAGGUACAAAGAUAUUGGAGCAUUCAUGGUUUGAGAGCAUUGCGGCACGAUGGGCUGGAGACAAAGUGAGGAUUUGUGCAGGGUCAACGGAUGGUUCUAUAGUUCUACUGGAAAGCAAUAAAUAUCUUAAAGACCAAAUUUCGGAGGAAUCAGAAGCGAAUUUGUCUACUUCAGCACGGCCUUCUAGGCGUAGCAACGCAACUUUUACCAUAAUUCGCAAAAUGCAGAUGCAUAGCCUGUGUACGCGCCGGGUAUAUGCACUUCCCUUGGAGUCCGUAGUCGUCACUGUGGGAAGCGAUGCUGGAAUAGCCGUUGUUGAUCCGUUUUUAGGGCAGGUUUGGUGGAAACAAACAAACUCCCACGGCGUACCUUUCUCCGCUAUAGCGUGGGAUGCCAAGGAAAGCCUUCUUCUUGCUGGAGACGACUCGGGCAUGUUGAGUUAUUUCAACAUAUAUUCGCACGAAAGGGUAGCCUCGCAACAGAUUUGCGACAGCAAAAUUGUUCAUAUUUCUGUGGACUUAGGUAAGAGAGGCCUAACCAUCCGGGUGGCAAGCCCUCGUUCAUCCCAACGAGCAUUCCCCAAAGACCCCUCUAUACCAGGUCAUUGUAAGAAGGUGCGAAUAUGGCAUGUGAUCAGAAGCCCGGAGUAUAGUUGUGGCAUCUACGAAAUCUAUUUAUAUUGUCCGAGCGCAGCAUGCCAAAAACACCCUUAA